AAGCCCAGCAAAAUCAACCCAUUAUGGACAAAACACAGCAUCAAGUACGUCUGGGCCCAGCAAGGCCAACUACAGCAGCUACCAAGAAAUAAUCGCCAACUCCCUCCUAAACCUGGGCCAGAUAGCAGAGGAAACCCUCGCCAUCGAGGGGCAGCUGCCCGAAGCAGAGCUGCAGGUCUCCAAGCCACCAUCUGACGUUGUGCAUUUGGUCCAUGAGGAUGCGGGAGAGGAGCUGGUGGAAGAGGAGUGCGACAAGGAGAUCAUCAUCCAGACAGAGGAUGCGGAGGAGGUCAUCGAGGUCACCAGCGAGCGCAGCAGCGAGUUGUGUCCAGAGCACCGGGAUGAUGCCACCUGCGAGGAGUCCUGUAAACUGGAGAAGGCUGAGGCAGAAGAAGAGGAUGAGGAGGAGGAGGAAGAGGAUGAUGAGGAGGAGGAAGAGGAGGAGGAGGAUGAUGAUGAUGAGGAAGAAGAGGAAGAAGAUGAGGAUGAAGAGGAGGAGGAGAUGGCUCCUGAAGUGAUCUGCGAAGAAGCUCCUCACACUUCUCAGGACACCCAGAAAAGCCACUGUGAAGGGCAGUUCAGCCCGAAGCCCGAGUACUCGGUCAUCGUGGAGGUCCGGUCGGACGAUGACAAGGACGACGACGCGCGGUCCCAGAAAUCAGCCGUGACCGACGAGUCAGAGAUGUACGACAUGAUGACGAGGGGGAACCUGGGGCUGCUGGAACAAGCCAUCGCGCUGAAAGCCGAGCAGGUGAAAAUCGUGCGGGAGCCCAGCCGGCUGCCAGGAGAACACGUAAAGCACUUCCAGGUGGAUGACAAACAGAGCAAACCGCUGGACAGCAUCCGAAAGAGCUACUACGGCAAAGAUCCUUCGAGACCCGAGAAGCGAGAAAUCAAAUGUCCAACUCCUGGCUGUGACGGGACUGGCCACGUCACGGGGCUUUACCCUCACCACCGCAGCCUCUCCGGCUGCCCGCACAAAGACAGGAUCCCCCCCGAGAUCCUGGCGAUGCACGAGAACGUGUUGAAAUGCCCCACCCCAGGCUGCACAGGACAGGGUCACGUCAACAGCAACCGCAACACGCACAGGAG